AUGGAUCAGCAACCUUCCCCUGUCCCGGCUCAGCCCAGUCAACUGCCACCGUCCACGCCGGACCCUGGAGAGAGCAUAUUGGACAUGGAUGCUUCCGAUAGUUGGUUCGCCGAACAGUCUAACCUAAACUGGAGCUCUUUGAAUGACUUUUACUUCUGUUCAUCGAGACUGGCAGACACAGAAGGGUCGCAAUGGGAGGAUCCGGCGCUGCCCCCAGCGCCGUCUUCAACUAUGACUCCACCGAAUCGGAUGGAUGUACAAACCCAACAGCUUCAACAUACCGCUUCGUCGCCUCUAUUAGUGGACCCAAUCAACACGCGGGCUUUGGGCAAUGUCUCGCAGUGGCUUGACGGGGCGUAUCGUCCCUCCGUUCCUUGCAGCCACUGCCGCAGACACAGGCUACAAUGUCUGAUCCUCCGUACUGCGCCAGCAAAUCCGAAUCCCAUCAAAGCAUGUUCUAGCUGCGUGGCCCUGUUUCGAGAAUGCAGUUUAGCCAAAGGAGAAAAGCGCCUUCCAUCUGGCUUCGAAACAUUCUCCCCCGUGCUAGGCCAUCUGCACGGCGUGCCCGAGCACACGGAGGAUGGAGGCAUUAAACAAGAACAGCCCAUCAACCAAACAGAACCACCCACAGAACGCAAAGAAUCCAAACAGUUUAUCCGAAAAGGCGCGCGCGUGCUACGGGAAUGGUUCUCACAGAACCAAACGUACCCGUAUCCCAGCGAAGCCGAAAAGGAUCGGCUUUCUCGUGAAACGGGAUUCUCCACGAAACGCAUUUCAACGUGGUUCGCCAAUGCGCGCCGGCGACAGAAGCAGAAACUGCAGACAUCGACCGUUCACCCAGACUCCCAUUUUCGAGCCGGUUCUCCCAUGGUCACUAGUACAUUGUCUUCUAUGUUGACCCCGAUGGAACGUUGGCAGGUGUCGCCGCCGGAAGAUGAGCCGGUUCCCAAGUCUGUUAUCCAGGAUGCUAUUGCUUCGGAGUCGAUGGAGGCUCCGCUUGACAUAAUGGACGCGUUCUUGGACCCGUUCUCUAUCGAUGGUUCUGCAAUGGAUCUAUUCAAUUUCGAGGAUUCGUCUUCUCAUUUGCCCUCCUCUGCCUCCAGCUUUGGGAGUAGGGCAUCCGAGACUUCAGCAUCGGAUAGUGCCUCGUCAGCAUGGAGCUAUCAAUCCUCUGGAGGAGAAGGGAGCUUUCUACCGUUCCCACUCAUACCCAAGAGAAACACAACACGCCGACAGCGACAUACACGCCGAGGAUCUACAUCCAACGAUGUUCACCAAUACCAAUGCACAUUCUGCACACAAUCCUUCCGCAAGCGCCACGACUGGACCCGGCACGAGAAAAGCGUGCACCUCCCUCUAGACUCCUGGAUCUGCACGCCCUCUGUCGACGAUAUGAACCGCCGCCUGAAAGCGGAGACCGGAUCCCAAUCAGAACCAAGCUCAUGCCCAUUCUGCGAACUCCCAUCCCCCACACCUUCCCAUUUGGAAGAACACGAAUUCGCCGUGUGCGCGGAGAAACCCAUCACAGAGCGCUCGUUCAGCCGGAAGGACUACCUGUGGCAACAUCUGCGCAAGUUCCACGGGUGUACCAAGACGCCCGUUCCUGAUCUGGAUGCCUGGCGCAGUAGCGGUAGUGUAGUUCACAGUCGGUGUGGGUUUUGUGAGCGUGCAUUGCCGAGUUGGAGGGCGAGGGCAGAGCAUUUGUCGGAGCAUUUCAGGAAUGGGGCGAGGAUGGAGCAGUGGGCGGGGGAUUGGGGACUGGACGCGAUGGCGAUGGGUGUUUUGAGGAAUGUUGUUUUGCCUGCUCAGAGGGGACAGGGUGAUUCACCUGCUUGA